CAUUUAUGUCCAUCGCUGCUUUGCUGCUUUCAACUUUCCCAUCACAUCAUGACCCCCCCCAAAAAAGCAUCUGUCACUCUUUAGUAGACUAGUUUGAAAGAGUCAGGAGUGAUACGGUAGAGACGAUGCCCAAGUCUCAGUACAAUGUUGGCGGCAAAAAGAAACAGGCUGCAAACAAUGCCACUGCGAGUUUGUCAGGUCGAGGCCGAUUUCGUCGCACCCUAUUGAGCAUGGGUGUGCUGGUCAUGUGUGUCUGCUUUGCCCAGUUUCGCUCCAUUACCGAUCAAAUUCUCAGUGGCAUCCAAAUUAUCAGCAUCCACGAGCUGAUUCCUGGAAGUAGUGCUUUUGACAACAAAAUCAACAAUGAAGGGAAGUACGAGUCUACCGUGUGUGUUCGGCAAGAUGAAAUUGACAAGAAUUCUCUACUGAAUGCCAGGAUUACCUUUGAGCAGGAAGAUCCAGAUACAGUGGCUCGUAGUGAACCUCACAAUAACCAGGCGAAAGGAGAUACUGCAUCUACACUCCGACAAGACUACAAUGAUGGAAAUCCCAUUGCCUGUCGUGUCUUGGUGGCCAAUCAUGCCGAUUAUCACUACGAAUUGAUCGAAAGUGUCAUUCUCAAAUAUCCACUACCCUGGGACGAAAUGCCCUGUGAUUUUUCCAAAAGCAAUGUGGUCGUCUUUGAUGUCGCAAUGGUCCUGUAUCCCUCCAAAGCCAAGGAAUUACCAGCCUUCAAGCCAUAUUACUACUCCUAUCUACAAGGAGGAGUGCCACGACGACGCAUGGUGGCAGAAAGCAAACGCAAUACGACUGCCAACAAUGAAAAAUAUGAAAAUGUCAUGGCCGUCAUGGGGGAUGUGGGCAGUCCAUGGGAGAUGGAAAAAUACGAGGGAAUCUAUGCCGCACAAAUUGCGGUCAGUUGUGGGACCAUUGAUCCCAAAGGAUUUGUCAAUCGCAGUCCCUUUCACUUUUGUGUGCAGCAUCUAUCAUGCGAUGCAACUGAAACCUUCUGUGACGAAAACACCAGAAAAAGGUCCUGUUGGCUUAGUCCCAUGCACAAUCGGACAUGCUAUUUCUUGGCAGAUGUCUUCCCCAUGUUUCCAGAUUCAGAACAAUGUCAAAAACAGCCACAAACCAAUGAUAAUAACAACAACAACAAACUUCGUCUUUGCACAGUUGGUUCCGCCAAGCAUCAUGGCAAGUUGGCAGCUGUCUUUGGGGCUGACGCCAACUAUUACCGACAGCAUGUCAAAUUGUAUAUACAUCAUCGAUUUGGGAUGCUACAAGACUACGUCAUUAACAAAGUUGAGGAUGUUGUUGUCAUUGCCAAUCAUUCCAGCUUUAUUGGAUUCCAACAAUCCGUGUCCAAAUGCGAUAUUUUGCUGCCAUUGCUGUUUCCGGUUGGCGGAAUGAUGGGGUACUUCCAUUUCAAUCGCAAAUCACUCAAAUUAUCGGGCAGCAUGUCUCAGUUGAUUGCUUAUCAUUUGCCCUCUGUCAUGCACAAGGAUAUAUAUGAUUCCUACAAGGAUGUGCUCACGGCACCAGCAACAACACACGAUAUGACAGAAGAGAGUCUGGACCGGGCACUCAAGCAAAUGAUCCAAACUGUCACCCAAGAAAGGGAGAAGCCGUGCAACCAUAUCCCCAAUUUUGUACGAGGGAGACAGUGCCUGCCACCACUACCAUUGCAGCCCCAACUCCAACAAAAGUUGGUGGCUUCUGCCAAAAAAGGUUUCUAGUAGCCAGGAGAAAUGAAGGCCAUUGCACACUACCGCUAAAGGCAACAACAACAAUCAGUACCUUACCCACAAACAUCCCCAAGCAACCCCUAGAUCCAAAAUUGAAUGCCAUAUGAACGUUGGGUUUGCUCGCGAGAAGAAAGUCGAUACAUGGGGAAAGGAGAAACAAGAACAGCAACGGAAACAACAGCACUGCUCAACCACGCCGAGAAUUCUACAUCAAUUGCUUGAGAGUGUCGACAUUCCCCCCAAGGCCAAGCCCAGGCCGGGCAAGCCACGGAAAGAGACCAUGACAAAGUUGACCGCUCCUGGCUCAAGCGUCCUCCUUUUAGCAGAAAGCAAGAUCCGGUCUGGACGAACUGUUGUGGCGAUUGAAUUUAGCGAAGCUGGUUGGAAUUGAACGUAGCAAAAGGCCCAUUUAUGAAGCAUACAUGCUUGUGCAACUGACCGGUAUUGUGUCAUGUCAUGCUUGGAGCUUGAAGUGUCCAUCGCAAAAGAAUGGCGGAUUGUUGCUGUUUACUCCAUCGGUAUUGGCAGGGUUGGGGUAACACAGGAUGUCAAAACUGAGGCUCCCAAUGCCCCGCCGCCACCUAGAACCCUCCAGUUGUAAUCAUGAUUAUCUACUGCACUUUUAAAGUGCCUAUGGCUCAGUUCGAGUUUCAUCUCCGCAUGCACUCUACCGUACUGUUAUCCCAACUUGCAUACCGGUAGGUCCAUCCUUUUGCAUGGGCGUAAGGAUGCUCUAGCUGUUUUAUUCCCGUGCUGUCCAUGGACUUGAUUGUGUCGCGACAAAUAAUGUUGAUGCCUUGACCCGAUAUAUGGAAUGACAAGCAUGUUUUCAAUUGGUCGUUCAUCCAUGGGGUGUUGGGUAAGAAAUGCCGUGGAUUCUUGAGGGGCUCCCUAGUGCAUGACGUUCAUCGCGCAAUAAGUCUGAGCUCUCCUCGUAGCGAAUCAUUCAUGCCAGCUUGUUGCUCCUGCUUCCAAAAUCCAAACAGAGGCAUCUUCUUCCUCACUACACGACACAUCAUGGUUGGGAAUGGCAGCAAGUCCUGGUUUGUGCGAACUAAACGCGAAAGUUGGGAUGGGUUCGGCACGUAUGCAUAGUAACCUAUAGCAUUUACAAGUCCACCAUGCACGUAGUGCAUUAAAAAUUUAUAGCCAGCAAUUACCAAAGCCAGAGACGGCCCAA